AUGGCUAGUAUAUUUAACUCGAAAUUCGCGCAAUCUGUCCAAACAAAUCACCAUUUGCGAGGUUCCAAAUCUAAUAUUGCGCUUCAACCUGCGCUCAGGCGGUACCCCUUCAUCUGGGUCAACACCGCCGCCGCUACCGCCGCCGCUACUGCCGCCGCCGCCGCUGCUGCUGCGUCUAUCGCCGCUAUUUCUUCGAUUAUCGCGCCAAUCGUUAUUACGUUGAUCGUUGCGUUGAUCAUUGCGUUGAUCAUUGUAUUGAUCAUUUCUUCGGUCGUGGCUGUCACGUCUAUCGCGAUUAUUAUCGUUAUCAGAUCGAUAUUCUCGGCUGUCAUCGCGUCGAUCACGGUUAUUCUGAUUAUUGUAGCUACUACCUUGCUGAUCGUUGUUGCGUCCGCCGCCGCUGUAGCUGUUGCGUCUACCUUGAUUGUUGUAAUCACCACCACUGCAGCUGUUGCGUCUACCUUGAUCAUUAUAACGGUCGUUGCUACCUUGGUUGUUGCGCCAGUCGUUGUUGUUGUUGCGACUGUUGCUGUUGCCACCUUGGCUAUCACGCCUGUGAUCAUUUCGCGGUGA